GUCAUCCUCACUGAUUUAUACGUUUCUCCCUCAGGCUGCGAGCAAUCCUAGCUGGAGGAACCAACUUGUCCUGCUUCUGAUAAAGACGGUCUCUGGGCCCCCGUCAUGCCUGCCUUUAUCUGAGUACGAAAUGAGGAACCAUGGCGUGGGCUGCACUCAUCUACGUUUUGGCUCUGGCUCUGUUCUGCCUCUGCUUCCCUGGAUCCUGCCACCCAGAUGCACACUCUCUUAUGUGCCACUUGAUGAUCAAGGCUCCUACCUCAGCAGAAGAUCACUGGUGUAAAAGACGGUGCUCAUUGGAUGAAAUGCCCAUCUUUAAGCUUCAUAACAAAAAAAAGACCACACCAAGGAAUAACCUGGAGAAGAUGGCAAAAGCCACCGAAUUGGAGACAUGUUUAACCACAUGGCUGGAAAAGUUGUGUCAGAAGUUCAGGAACAAGGUGCCUAAUAUCAAAAUGGAUACUUCCAAGACCAGUGGUUACCCUACUUUACAGGCCACCAUGCUUUGUCAACAAAGCCAGGGACAAAUAACUAAUUCCUCCUGGCUACUGAACAUUGGUGAAAAUCACUCCCUCAGCUUGGACACAAAGACUAUGACAUGGAGAUCGAAGAAUUUACCAGAGGAUACCAUGAAUGAAUGGAAAAAUGAUGCUGAACUUGAAAAAGAUCUGCGUUUCUCCAUAGCAGAAUGUAGUGCAAAAAUCAAUGGAUUCUUAAAUCCAUUGAUUCCCAAGGAAUGGUCAGGAUCAACAUUAAUAUCACUCCCCAACAUCACCCAACCUACAUCAACUACACAGCUUCCAACUACGAGCAGAGCCACUUUCCUUAUGAGGAAGUAUUUAUCCCUGUGGGAAUCAUCUUUAUUGUUUGCAUUUGCAUUUGCAUUUACAUGUGUGUGAAGAGGAAAUGUUGUCCCCAAGGAGAGGCCAGAAGAAGGCAUCGGAACUCCAGUGGAACUGAAGUUACUGAGGGUUUGAAUACAGGAAACUGAACACAGAUCCUCUCCAAGAAAACCAAGUGUGCCUAAAUGCAGAGCCUUCUCUCCUCCCAGCUAAUAAUUUUUUUUUAAAGAGAGAAUAUAGCCUGAAUAUUAUUAUACACUAGACAAAUCCUAUAGCAAACUUCUCAAUAAAGUUGAAUGAUUCCGAAUCAAAAAGCUAAA